GGAUAUGGUUAUGCACAUAAAGCAAACCCUUUUGAAAUCAUCACAAAUGAUAAUUGGCCACAAAAUACUGGUCAAUUCAAAACCCCAACAGUACUAAAAUAUGAUGAAUCUUUUAAAGUUUUGAAUUGGGGUCUUCCUGCAUUAGCUGAAAAACCUAGCAAAAAGAAAAAGUCUACUAAAGCCGUGACAACAGAGCUUUUCAAACUUCAUCUUGCCAAAAUGACAGAUAAACCACCUUUACCAGAUAAAUUACAUCAUAAACAAGCCAUAACAGACUAUCUAUCUCAACUUAACAAAUCAAUUAAAGAAACAAUAGAUAGCAGAUGGCAAAAUAUCGAUUUCUUUGAUAAUGUUUUACUUAUUUUAACGUGUAUAUUGGGUGAAUUUGGAUUCUCAGAGACUUACGAAAAUAAAAUAAAACAAUAUACACAUCCAUUUAUAUCAUCCACAGCAUUAGAACUUAAUCAAUUUAUGGCAGGAUAUCCUCCAAACCAACAUUCUAAUGUACAACAUACAAGUAAGCAUUCAAUGUCAAAUCAAGACUGGAAAAACGUUGUCGACCGACUUAAAGUGCAGUUAAAUAAUUUAAAUAUUAAUCCAGUAGAAAGGCCAGAAGAAUUUUAUGAAGCAAUUAGCAAGCUGAUUGGAGACAAUCAUUAUUUUUUAAAUUUUAUCAAUCAACUUCAAAAUCAAAAUCGGUUCGGUAUUAAUUCAGAUCUAGAAGGAAUUUUAGAAGGAAUUGACAAUCUGAUUAACGAAAAUGGAUGCAUUAAAAAUUUUAUUAGUCAACUUCAAACGCCGUUAAAUCUUAAUCUUAAUCAAGGAGAAACUCUAGGAAUAAUUUUAAAAAGAAUUUUUGGAGUAAUUGGCAAUCUCAUUAACGAAAAUAAAAGAUUAGCUGAUGAUAAUAAAGUUUUUAAUGAGUCAGUGAAGAUAUAUGAAACAAAUAGUAAGGAAUUAGCCAGAUAUCAAAAUGAAGUAGAGCCACACUUAAAUCAAGUAAUUGAGUCACAAUCAGCCGAACACACUGAUUUAGUGACAAAUUACAAUGAUUUAGUGACAAAUUACAAAAAAUUGCAUGCAGAAAAAGAAAAUCUUACAAAUAAAUUAAACAUAAUUGAGCCAGAAUACAAUGAUUUAAUGCUAAAGUUCAAUGAUUUAGUGCCGAAGUACAAACAAUUGCGUGUGGACAAUGAAAAUCUUACAAAUAAAUUAAACAUAAUUGAGCCAGAAUACAAUGAUUUAAUGCCAAAAUUUAAUGAUUUAGUGCCGAAGUACAAACAAUUGCGUGUAGACAAUGAAAAUCUUACAAAUAAAUUAAACAUAAUUGAGCCGGAAUACAAUGAUUUAAUGCCAAAAUUCAAUGAUUUAGUGCCGAAGUACAAACAAUUGCGUGUGGACAAUGAAAAUCUUACAAAUAAAUUAAACAGUUACAAAGAACAAAUUAAAAAUAUGGAACAGGAAAUGGGCGAAAGUAAUAGUAAAAUAGCAAAAUCAGAAGAAAAGGGAAAUCUUUAUUUAGAUGAAUUAGUUAAAAAUAAGGAAAAAUUGAAUAAAUAUCAGCAAGAGAUUGACAAAUACAUAGAACAAAUCAACAGCUUAAAUAAUAAUUUAGAAAUAAAUCAACAAGAAAUCACUACCUUAAAAAUCAAUAUAUCCCAUUUAGAAAGAUCGAAACGAGAAUUAGAGGCUAUAAAUGAAAAAUUAAGAAAAGAAGCUUCAUCAUAUCAAUCAGCUUUAGGGGAUGCAUUAAAUUUCCGUUUGAGUGAUGAGGAUAAUAAUAAUUCAGUCCAACUUUCAGCUGAUAUAAAUUCUUUACAGGAUAAACUUGAGAGAUAUGUUACUACAUUAAAGGAUCUAGAAGGAAUUUUAGAAGGAAUUGACAAUCUGAUUAACGAAAAUGGAUGCAUUAAAAAUUUUAUUAGUCAACUUCAAACGCCGUUAAAUCUUAAUCUUAAUCAAGGAGAAACUCUAGGAAUAAUUUUAAAAAGAAUUUUUGGAGUAAUUGGCAAUCUCAUUAACGAAAAUAAAAGAUUAGCUGAUGAUAAUAAAGUUUUUAAUGAGUCAGUGAAGAUAUAUGAAACAAAUAGUAAGGAAUUAGCCAGAUAUCAAAAUGAAGUAGAGCCACACUUAAAUCAAGUAAUUGAGUCACAAUCAGCCGAACACACUGAUUUAGUGACAAAUUACAAUGAUUUAGUGACAAAUUACAAAAAAUUGCAUGCAGAAAAAGAAAAUCUUACAAAUAAAUUAAACAUAAUUGAGCCAGAAUACAAUGAUUUAAUGCUAAAGUUCAAUGAUUUAGUGCCGAAGUACAAACAAUUGCGUGUGGACAAUGAAAAUCUUACAAAUAAAUUAAACAUAAUUGAGCCAGAAUACAAUGAUUUAAUGCCAAAAUUCAAUGAUUUAGUGCCGAAGUACAAACAAUUGCGUGUGGACAAUGAAAAUCUUACAAAUAAAUUAAACAGUUACAAAGAACAAAUUAAAAAUAUGGAACAGGAAAUGGGCGAAAGUAAUAAAAAUUCGAAUUUAUUCAAAGGUGCUAUAAAGGGCCUUAUUAAAUAUAUAACUCCUGCAACAUCCUCUUCAAUACCAAGUCAAAGUUCAGUUAACAGCGAUCAUAUCAGUGAUCCAAAUAAGCGUCAAAAUUCUGCUAAUAAUGAUCAUAACAGGGACCCAAACAAGCGUCAAAAUUCAGUUGGCAGUGAUCGUAAUAGGAAUUUAGAUAAGCGUCAAAAUUCAGCUAGCAGUGAUCGUAACAAUGGUCCAGAUAAGCAUCAAAAUUCAGUCAACAAUGAUCGUAAUAGGGAUUCAUAUAAGCAUCAAAAUUCAGCUAGCAGUGAUCAUAACAGUGAUUCAAACAAGCGUCAAAAUUCAGAUAACAAUGAUUGUAACAGGGAUCAAAAAAAGCAUCAAAGUUCAGCUAGCAGUGAUCCAAAUGAUAACAAUCUAUCCCAUAAUCAUAGUCAUUGUCAAAAAAACCAUUCUCAAAACUUUAAUAAUCAAUCUCUGGGUGGUAAUGAACUUCAAGCAAAACCUCACGUUCAAUCUAGACCAAUAGGCAAUGUAGAUUCCCUCAACUUGAGCAAAACUUCAAGUAAAAAUUCGACUAACACUAAAGGUAAUAACAAUGAAACAAGUCGACCACAUAUUGAAAAUAGCGAAACUCCUUCCGCUCCAAGUACUAAUGAUGGAAAUGAAGGUAGUGAAACUAGGGGUAGUAAAAUUGAGGGUAGUAAAAUUGAGGGUAGUAAAAUUAAGGGCGGAAAAAAUCAAACAGAUAGUUUAGUAUUAGGAGAUGAUGAUGGGAAAGUAACCUGUGAAAACGGGAACGUUUGUGGCCAUCAAAGUAAUAAUGAUAGUUUAGAUGAAGAUGAUUAUGUUGAU